GUUGUGUUUUCGAAAGAAAUAUGUUAUUUUUCUGCAAGUGAAAUUUUUAAUUUUUUUUACUGGAAACGUAUGUGAAAAAGUCAUUUGUUUGCUCGAGUUCUCAUUAUGCAGUUUCCCUUUUAAAACAUGUCGACGGUUAACGUGUUUCAUUCGAGAGAAGCAAUUCGAGUAAAAGUAAAGAAAUGUGAAGGCUUGUUAGCUCCAGAAUAUCGCAGGUUUAGUGUUGAUCCUCAAAUAACAUCCUUUGAAGUAUUGCAAAGUUUAUUAGCAAGAGCUUUUGAUAUAAAAGGAGAAUUCUCCAUCAGUUAUCUUGCCAGAGAUGAAGAAGGAAAAGACACAUACUUAUCUUUACUCUCAGACUGGGACCUGGAUGCUGCAUUUCUUGGAUCAUCUGAUCCAUGUUUACAGCUAAAAGUAGAUUUAAAGCCGUUUGAAGAGGGUUUGGAAGAUUGGGAAGUUGUUGCACCUUUGGAUGCUAAUCGCAGCAAUAAUACAAGUUUUACAAUUGACAGAUCAUCUAUUACAGGAACUAUUUUAAACCAUGUGGAAAAAACUUUUAAUAUGGUUCAAAGAGCCCUGAACUUGUCUGAAAGUGAACAUGAUUAUGAUAGUUAUAAGCCAGUAAAACAGCCUAUGGUGGAUUCAGAGUUUCAUUUAUACUUGGAUUCUGAAGGACGAUUAAUUAAGCCUCGGGAAUUAAGGCUCUCUGUGUACCAGAGGGGGAUUGAUCCAUCUUUACGUAAAGUUGUAUGGAAACAUAUCUUGAAUGUGUACCCUCAUGGGCUUACGGCUAAAGAAAGAAUUGCCUAUAUGAAGCAAAGGUCUGCUGAAUAUCAGAAGUUGAGACAAACUUGGCAAGACAUGAUUUCUUCUGGUAAUUUAACCGAUGAAAUUCAGUAUGUCACUAACAUGGUGAGGAAAGAUGUCCUUAGAACAGACCGUACACAUAAGUUUUAUGCUGGCUCAGAUGAUAAUAAAAAUGUUGUUUCUCUUUUUAAUAUCCUUACAACAUAUGCCUUAAAUCAUCCUAGUGUGUCUUAUUGCCAAGGAAUGAGUGAUUUAGCAUCACCUAUUUUGGUUACAAUGAAAGAUGAAGCUCAUGCUUAUGUAUGUUUCUGUGCUUUAAUGCAGAGACUAAAGCCUAAUUUUCAUCUUGAUGGGAAAGCUAUGACAACUAAUUUUCAACAACUUACAGAACUUCUUGAACACUAUGAUUCACCAUUCUUUGAAUACCUAAAAACUCAAAAUGCAGAUGAUCUUUUAUUUUGUUAUCGCUGGUUGUUAUUAGAACUAAAAAGAGAAUUUGCUUUUGAUGAAGCUUUGUCAAUGUUAGAAGUACUUUGGAGUUCAAUUCCUCCAUCACCUCCAGAAAAAGAACUUUCUUUGUUUGAAGAGCUUUUUUCUGCUAACUCUUUUCGUCCUCAGUCUCCUAGAAUCCAUAGUCGAGAAAAUCCGUAUACCAAAGUUAGAGCUAUUAGAAAGCAAAAUUCUGCUUCUUCAAUUAGAGGCUUAAUGAAAAGUAGUAGCAAAGAAACUGAAGAGCCUGAAGCUGAAAAAUUGACUGGUUCACAAAUAGAUUCUCCUAUUCCCAAAGAAAAUGCAUCUGGUUGCUCUCAUAAAGAAAAGCCUGUUUCUAUCAGUAGAAGGAAUAGUAAUUCAGAGAUUACUAAUGAUGAUUCACAAGAUUAUCUUCCAAUGACAACAUCAAUGACUAGGGAAUUGCGAAUGGAGUUGGAGAAUUUAAACAGACAACUUCCCGGUUCCUUUCUGCAACGUUCUAUUACUAUUGACUCUGAAGAUUUAGAUUCCCCCCGUUCUCCUGAUUGCUGCGAGUCUACACGAGAAAGUCUGCGUUACUGUCAGCAUCUUCAAAGCAUUGAUCAAUCAGUAGAAGAUGAAGCUCUUGAAAGUUGGACUAGUGAUGAUUUGUCUGGUAUGGAUCAAAUUUGUAGACUUGGUUCCACAAAAAAAUCUCAUAAACAUCCUGAGUAUUUACAUUUAAAUGGUAAUGAUACUGUAGGAGAUGCCAAUUACUGUUGCACUCCUGAUGAGCAAUUUGAAAUUGAUUUUGAUGUGCAGUUAAAAUCUUCUUCGGAUAUUCCUUGUAAUGGUGAAAUUUUAGAAAAUGAAGAGUCAGAAGAUACAAAUGGCUGUGCUUGCCACCUUAAAUCUGUUAUUCCAAUAAGAUUAGUUCAUAGUCCUGGAAUUGAUAAUCGAUUUCAGCGACAUGGGAGUGAUAGCUCUGAUUCUCUUUCUGAAAGCUGUCCUGGGAGGAUUGAAACUGAUCCUGAAAUCAGUCCUUCAAACUUCCAAAAUGCAAUUUUUAGCUCUGAAAAUGCUACAAAAGUUGGAUCUACACAAGAUGAAAAAUUAAUUCGCAAGAAAAGUGGAAGCUCUCUUUUAGAUUCUGGUGUACCUAAUAAUUCUAUUACAAAUUCAUGUGUUGAAGCUCUAGAAUAUAGCGGAAAAUAUCAAAAGUCAGCUCUCCCUCCUCCUCAGGAAUUAGGUGGUGGAAAUCCAUUUAUGCUGUUUUUGUGCCUAACUCUUUUACUUCAGCACAGAGAUACGAUAAUGAAAAAUCGUAUGGAUUACAAUGAACUAGCUAUGCAUUUUGAUAAAAUGGUACGUAAACAUAAUGUUCAUCGUGUUCUUCAUCAAGCUCGUGCAAUGUUCCGGGAAUAUUUGCAAAUGAGCUGCCAAGACCAAGAUUCUGAUCCCCAUGUAUGAUACUGACAUAAAAAUUUUAUUCUAUCAUUGCCUUUAAGAUGUAACGGACCAGAGCUGCAAAAGUUUUGAACUUUCUUUACAAUAACUAUUUGGAGUAUUUCAUUUUUUCUUUGAAAUGCUUAAAAGUUUGCAUUUACUCUCUCUUAUUUUAUUACAUAGUUUUUAAUUCCAUUUCCACAAUUGGAAGGAUUUGGAUCUUAGUUUUUUGUUUUUAAACUGCCAAAAAAAGGAAUGCAUUAAAAGAAAAGAAGCCGAUAUUCUUAAAAUAGGGUACAAAUUACCAACAUUUCCCUCUUAACACUGGUUAAUUGCUAUAAUGAUUCUAUAAAAUCACUAAUAGUUCCAUACUCAAACUAAUUUAACUCAAAUAGUGUCAACUAUUGGCAAAGCAGAUAAUGUUUUCUUAUUAAGAAUUGUGCACUUGUGUAAUCAAAAGUGCUGUGAUUGAUUAUGUGUUGCUUAUUUGAAUUUGUCGAAUUGGGGAUUUUUUUUCUCCUAUUUUUUUCUUUUUAUGUUUUCAAAAUUUGCUCGCAGCAAUUGUUAUCUCUACUAAUGUAAAAAGAGGUUCUAUUUAUUAGAGUAUUGUCAAGUUAUACUCUGAUUUUGUUUAUUUAUUUAUUUUUUUUUAAAUCAUAAAAUAAAAAUGCAAGUUUUUAAUUAUAAAAACUCAGUGUGUUUAACUGCAACAUACUUCAGAAUUCAAAAAACAUAACUGUUUUAAAAUUUCUUCAUAACUACUCUUACUAUUCCGUCUGUCAGCAAUUAACAAAAGUAAAGAGCCUAGUCAGAUUGUACAUAUGUAAGCCUGUCUUUUAAAUGCCUUAUUUGUCUAUUUUCCUGUGUGUUUAUCUUCUCAACAAUGGGAAAGUGAAUAAUAUUGUUGAUAAAUAUUACACUGGUUGUAAUUGUGAUAAUGUAACGACUGUAAAAGCAUAUGAUUCAAUUUUAUUAAAAGAGUCUUUACAUAUAAGU